AUGUGGUCGGGCGUAGUCGAGUCGAUCAGCCUUCUGAGCUCUGCAAGACAGCUGCGGAGGGUGGCCGAGGCCGCCAUUUUAGAGUUCGACCAUGCCAGGGUGCUGUAUCCCGAGUGGGCUAGCGACUGGGCGCCGAUCGAGCGCAACCUUCGCAAAGCGAUACAGAGCAUCGAGUUUGUCGUGGCCGCAGCCGACGACCCGUUGCAGCAUAAACUGAAGGCCACGAACGUCUUCCUAGAGGAAGCGUGUCAAGCCAAGCGCCGAUCCAUCCUCCUGGGCAUUCGUGCCCACCGGCAGCGCAGCCACUCCAGAACUCACUCCAGAAGCCAGUCUUGGCAGAUUCGCUUGGGCCUCAGCGACAGCGAGGAUGAGGAGGAGGACUCGGUGCUCAGCGAGCCGUUUGAUCCGGACCAGUUCCCUCAACCUGCGAAUCCCCUUCCAACGGCGUCGACAUUGACGCAGUUCGGGCCGUUUGGGUUUGAGCCAGUCAUGACAAGGAUAGGGUCAGCCUGGCGUGAGCUGCAGGCGAUGCAAUCUCAUGACGCUUUCUAG